UCGGCUACAGUAGUAAGAACUAUAGUCAAGAUGAAGGCCCACGUGAUAGCUUUACUAUUGGCUGUGUUUGUCGUCGAUGCAUUUGCGCAGUCGGAGGUUUCUACCAACACCACGGUCACAUUGGAGAGUCUGCCAAAAAUUAUCACAUGCGUGUUGAGGAUUCUACCCGAGACCAUGAGGGAGGCACUCAGUGACCGGUCCUCGUUCAUGGAGAACUUGAGGGAUUGCCACAUGGACAGUACCGGCUCCGACCUUCCACAAACAAAGCCCUCUCGCGUACCUAUGGCUUUCAUCCGGGGUAUGGUGUCGUCGGAUAACACUUUUCCUUCGAUCAUGAUCUGCAUGAUGACCAAGAAUGGAAAGCUGGAAAAGGUCCAGGGAUGCAUCAACAAUGACACUGAAUGAAGCGUCACUUCUACGCGUCUGCCUUCAUCUUGAACUUGGAUCACCUUCGGAUGGCAAGCUGCUGACUCACCUUGCCGUGGGGCGCAGCGUCUUCCCCGAGGACCGUCCCUCACUUACAAGGCAAAAGCAAAGCACACUCACCAAGUAGUUUUACAUGUGCAAAAAUGACUGGCAUUUCAGGAAUUAAUAAA